CGUAUGAAGUUGGUCGAGGCCACUGAGCAGAUUGUGACACAAGACGUGAAAACGAGUACGGCAAUGAAUGCGCUAGAAAAAAGGCAAACACUUGAUAAUAUUGUGAAUAAAACAAAUUUAAAACUUGGUGGCAUCAUUUUCGGUUUCCGUCUGGAAAGUGAGAGAGCCCAGAAAUGUAUAAUGGACCCAGGAAGAUUCAUCAUAGGUGUUGAUGUUGUCCAUCCAUCCAAAAGCAAAAAUAAAGAAAAUCUGGUACCGUCAGUUGUGGGCGUAAGCUUGUUCAUUUAUACAGUGAAAAUAAUGAUGUCGGUGGAUAUGCGACUGAGAGUUUAA